AUGCCUCGACUUAGGCACCACAUCUCUGGUGCGGAUUGGGUUGCAAAGGGCCCUCAGUCCCCAGCGCAAGAGUUUUUCAAAAAUUAUGUCGACACAGUGGAUGCAAAUGGCUUUGAGAAUGGGUCUGGUACGCGGUUCUAUGCCAAAGAUGCCAUUUUCCACAAUCAGAAUAAUGCGCAGUACCACGGAGGAGAUGAAAUGUGGGCAUUCAUGAAGAAACUUUUCGGUGGAUUCCGACGCAUGAGACACGACUUUAUCAACGUUUUUGAGAUUGAAAAUGACGACUCUACCAUUCAGCUUAUCUCGCAGAAUGUACGCAACAUUUGGAUGCCGGGUAACGAGACUGACCAGCCAUCUGUCAGUAUCCCCAUGAGCUGGAUUUGCCAAAUCGGUCCUGCCGAUGAGCCGGGUACUGUGAACGGCCUGCAGUAUAAAGAAGUCUGGCUUUACUGGGAUACUGCUCUGCUUGCACCAUUUCUACCAGAAGACGCAGUGGCAUUCCAAACAAAGAAUAUCCUGGUGGAGGAUUGA